UUGGAGAAGGGAAAGUGAAGCUGCGCUGGUUCUACUGCCCUUUCACUUUGAUUAAGCAGGCCCGUAGUUAAAAUGGGUUUUUGGGCCUUCAGUGCCUAAAGAUGAUGCCGCACAAUUCUCUUGCUUCUUUUGACUGGAGACUCGUGAGCGAGAGACUACAGAAUUGAGUAGCUUUUCUCUCUACUCGUCUUUUAUCCCUAGUGACUUAAGGAUCUGGUUAGAGUGGCCCGAAUGCAUUCUUCCAGGGUGAGGGCAGCCGCGGAACACACCAGCCUCAGUCCCCAGGGUGGUCGUCAUCUCGCGAGAAAGGGUUGGCGGGGAGGGUAUCCAGGACGAGGAGAGGGAGGAGUCGCCAUCGCCUCCGCCUCCGCCUCCUCCUGUUGGAGGGGGGCUGAGGGAGGAGACUGUUGCUGAUCUUUGGAUGUUCUGGUUAGUCUAAGGAGAGUAUGAGGCGAGCUCCGGCCCGGGUGCGGCCGGGCUUCGGGGGCCCAGGCGCCGCUGCUGCCACCGCCAUCUAACGCUGCGCCCUGGAGUCCCGGCGCGCGGAUGGUGCCGGUGCGGCUCGGGUGUUGAAACGGGUGUCCCCUCCCCCUCCUCCCCUCCCCCACGCGGUGGUCUCCCCUCCCACCCGGCUCAGGCAGAGCCAUGUCUCGGGGUGGCUCCUGCCCACACCUGUUGUGGGACGUGAGGAAAAGGUCCCUCGGGCUGGAGGACCCGUCCCGGCUGCGGAGUCGCUACCUGGGAAGAAGAGAAUUUAUCCAAAGAUUAAAACUUGAAGCAACCCUUAAUGUGCAUGAUGGUUGUGUUAAUACAAUCUGUUGGAAUGACACUGGAGAAUAUAUUUUAUCUGGCUCAGAUGACACCAAAUUAGUAAUUAGUAAUCCUUACAGCAGAAAGGUUUUGACAACAAUUCGUUCAGGGCACCGAGCAAACAUAUUUAGUGCAAAGUUCUUACCUUGCACAAAUGAUAAACAGAUUGUAUCCUGCUCUGGAGAUGGAGUAAUAUUUUAUACCAACGUUGAGCAAGAUGCAGAAACCAACAGACAAUGCCAAUUUACGUGCCAUUAUGGAACUACUUAUGAGAUUAUGACUGUACCCAAUGACCCUUACACUUUUCUCUCUUGUGGUGAAGAUGGAACUGUUAGGUGGUUUGAUACACGCAUCAAAACUAGCUGCACAAAAGAAGAUUGUAAAGAUGAUAUUUUAAUUAACUGUCGACGUGCUGCCACAUCUGUUGCUAUUUGCCCACCAAUACCAUAUUACCUUGCUGUUGGUUGUUCUGACAGCUCAGUACGAAUAUAUGAUCGGCGAAUGCUGGGCACAAGAGCUACAGGGAAUUAUGCAGGUCGAGGGACUACUGGAAUGGUUGCCCGUUUUAUUCCUUCCCAUCUUAAUAAUAAGUCCUGCAGAGUGACAUCUCUGUGUUACAGUGAAGAUGGUCAAGAGAUUCUCGUUAGUUACUCUUCAGAUUACAUAUAUCUUUUUGACCCGAAAGAUGAUACAGCACGAGAACUUAAAACUCCUUCUGCGGAAGAGAGAAGAGAAGAGUUGCGACAACCACCAGUUAAGCGUUUGAGACUUCGUGGUGAUUGGUCAGAUACUGGACCCAGAGCAAGGCCGGAGAGUGAACGAGAACGAGAUGGAGAGCAGAGUCCCAAUGUGUCAUUGAUGCAGAGAAUGUCUGAUAUGUUAUCAAGAUGGUUUGAAGAAGCAAGUGAGGUUGCACAAAGCAAUAGAGGACGAGGAAGAUCUCGACCCAGAGGUGGAACAAGUCAAUCAGAUAUUUCAACUCUUCCUACGGUCCCAUCAAGUCCUGAUUUGGAAGUGAGUGAAACUGCAAUGGAAGUAGAUACUCCAGCUGAACAAUUUCUUCAGCCUUCUACAUCCUCUACAAUGUCAGCUCAGGCUCAUUCGACAUCAUCUCCCACAGAAAGCCCUCAUUCUACUCCUUUGCUAUCUUCUCCAGACAGUGAACAAAGGCAGUCUGUUGAGGCAUCUGGACACCACACACAUCAUCAGUCUGAUUCUCCUUCUUCUGUGGUUAACAAACAGCUCGGAUCCAUGUCACUUGACGAGCAACAGGAUAACAAUAAUGAAAAGCUGAGCCCCAAACCAGGGACAGGUGAACCAGUUUUAAGUUUGCACUACAGCACAGAAGGAACAACUACAAGCACAAUAAAACUGAACUUUACAGAUGAAUGGAGCAGUAUAGCAUCAAGUUCUAGAGGAAUUGGGAGCCAUUGCCAAUCUGAGGGUCAGGAGGAAUCUUUGGUCCCACAGAGCUCAGUGCAACCACCAGAAGGAGACAGUGAAACAAAAGCUCCUGAAGAAUCGUCAGAGGAUGUGACAAAAUAUCAGGAAGGAGUAUCUGCAGAAAACCCAGUUGAGAACCAUAUCAAUAUAACACAAUCAGAUAAGUUCACAGCCAAGCCAUUGGAUUCCAACUCAGGAGAAAAAAAUGACCUCAAUCUUGAUCGCUCUUGUGGGGUUCCAGAAGAAUCUGCUUCAUCUGAAAAAGCCAAGGAGCCAGAAACUUCAGAUCAGACUAGCACUGAGAGUGCUACCAAUGAAAAUAACACCAAUCCUGAGCCUCAGUUCCAAACAGAAGCCACUGGGCCUUCAGCUCAUGAAGAAACAUCCACCAGGGACUCUGCUCUUCAGGACACAGAUGACAGUGAUGAUGACCCAGUCCUGAUCCCAGGUGCAAGGUAUCGAGCAGGACCUGGUGAUAGACGCUCUGCUGUUGCCCGUAUUCAGGAGUUCUUCAGACGGAGAAAAGAAAGGAAAGAAAUGGAAGAAUUGGAUACUUUGAACAUUAGAAGGCCACUAGUAAAAAUGGUUUAUAAAGGCCAUCGCAACUCCAGGACAAUGAUAAAAGAAGCCAAUUUCUGGGGUGCUAACUUUGUAAUGAGUGGUUCUGACUGUGGCCACAUUUUCAUCUGGGAUCGGCACACUGCUGAGCAUUUGAUGCUUCUGGAAGCUGAUAAUCAUGUGGUAAACUGCCUGCAGCCACAUCCGUUUGACCCAAUUUUAGCCUCAUCUGGCAUAGAUUAUGACAUAAAGAUCUGGUCACCAUUAGAAGAGUCAAGGAUUUUUAACCGAAAACUUGCUGAUGAAGUUAUAACUCGAAAUGAACUCAUGCUGGAAGAAACUAGAAACACCAUUACAGUUCCAGCCUCUUUCAUGUUGAGGAUGUUGGCUUCACUUAAUCAUAUCCGAGCUGGUAGGAACUUUAAUAAGUAUACUACUAAAACCAUUUUUAUAUUUGAAAAUAUAUUAUUAUUUAAGAUCUGCUUUAAAGGGGUUUAUAUAUAUUUUUUAAUAUCACAAAAUGAGGGUAGCUUAAAACUUCUAAACUAGGAUUUCUGUGAAUGCUUGAUCUUAGCACAGUAACUUAGUUCCUCAUGAACUACAUUUGUCAUAAAAUGGUCAAAAUGAAAAGACCAGAGUCACGUAAAAACUCUUAUCAGCUGCUGUUUUCUUAGAGUACAGGACCAUACUAUUAACCUUAGGAUAUAUUAUAGUGCAUAUUCUUUAAUGGUAGGUUUGUUGAAAAUCAGUCAUAGCCCAAACAGAAAUAAAUGUGACAUGCUAAGAAACGAAACAUACCUCAGUUUGCUUUUUGAAUAUUUUUUUGUUUUAGAUAAACUGUGAGGUGCAGUGCCACAGAUACAUAAAAAUGCAUAUAUUACAACUAAUGUUCAAGAAGGAAUUGAAUAAUUUAUAACAAAAGAAAAGGUCUAGUAUCUGUUAUAAGCAGAAUAUAUUUAUCAAACAAAAGAGUUUUACCACUCUUCACUGAUUUCAUAAAUGCCCCUAUACGUUUGGUAUUAGCUAUCAUUUAAUAAUAAUAGGUACCAUUUAUAAAGUAACUAUAAUGUAUCAGGCUUAUACUAAUUAUUUCACAGCUUUAUCCUCAUUUACCUCCAAUCCUUUACAAAGUAGGUUAUUUGUAAUAACUUAGCCCAAGUCACACAACUGAUAAAUAUUAAAGCCAGAAUUUGAAAUUAGCUUCCAAGCCCUUACUCCCCUUUGACCUAUAAAUUUCACUUACAGGAAUAUAUUCAAAUCAUUCAUAUGACAUGCAAACCUCUGGAUGAUCUAAUCUCAAACUAUUCUAGCUGAUUUACAGCAUUCUUUUCUUCUGUGACUACUCCAUCCACACUGGCCCUCUUUGAUUUUUGGGGAUACACCAAACUCUUUCCCACCUCAGGGUUUUUAUAAUCGUGCUGUCCCCUCCCAUUUUCACUCUGUUGAGAUAACUUCUUACUGUAAGAACUGCAUAAGCAGUGAAUUAAAUAUCACUUCCUCAGAGAGAGUGGGGAAUGGAGACAAGUAUCCCACAGAAAGUAGACAGCGUAUAGCGUUUUUCUAAGCCCUAGAGGAGAGAAAGUAUAGCACAUCUGAAAAAUUGAAAGAAGACCCAUAUGUUUGUAAUUAAAAGAAUUAGAAAAUAAUCCUCAAAUGUAAAUAUUAACUUUUACCAGGAAAGAGGGAAAACUUCAAAUGGUGAAAACAACAACAAAAAAUAAACCUGGAAUGUAAACAAAAAAUGUUAGUAGACCAACAAAAUGUUUUUGUAAUCUUCUUUGGGUUCCUGUAUUAUUAAAUUAUAAUAACACUGUAACUUUUUUAAAAUAUAUUUUGUUUAAUAACAGCAAGUAACCCUUAAAAUUCAUCCAUUUGAAUUUCACAUUUGAGGAAGCAGCAUUUUAAAACACGAAAAACGUUUACUGGUAAUGACACCUAAAAUGUGCUUACUCUUAUCUAGUGGAUGGCUCUUCCUCAGUAGUUUUCCUGCAGAAAAUUAAUUCUCUUUCCAGUUGCACAAAAAUCUAUUUGUGCUAAUGUAGCAAUGGUUGGUUAGUUAAUAGCCACUACCAUCCUUCUUUGGUUUUAGAAUUAGAUAAGAUGUUUUAUAAUAUAAAAAUUCUCUUUCAUUUCUUUUUGCCAGCAAUCAAAAAGACAAUUUCUAGUUGGUUUAGUCAGCUUAUCUUCUUAUACAAAAUACUAGAUAGAAUAAAGUGCCCAAGAGUUAACAUUUCUGCUGCCCUUAUCUUUAAGAUAUCUAGUUAUUUGAUGGGUCAGUUAGUCAACCACUCUUUUUCUCUCCUAUCCAGUGUCCUGCAGUCCAAAUACAAUAAUGUGUGCAUAUUCAGGAGAGUUAAAAAUGGACUUGGAUCAAAUAAGCACAUGGUAGCCACAAAGUACCUCUCGGCUCAUCCAUUACUCCAGAAGGCUUCCUAGGAAAUCCAGGGAAUAGAUACGGACAGUUUCUUUCUGUU